AUGAGAAACGAUAUCAUAAUAUCAGACUUCGACGAAACUAUUACCACGAGGGAUACCACCUCGCUGGUUGCAUCUCUACCUUACAAGGUCAAACAAGGUCUGUCUCCACCUUGGUCAUAUUUCAAAGAUAAGUACAUGGACGCCUGCGUGGAGUAUAAGAAAGAAAACGCAAAUUGCAUACAAAAUAGGAAAUUACCUCUUCUACCAUUUUUGGAUGUCUCCAGGAACCAUGGUUUUCGUUCAGCAUUCAACGCCGAAUUUGUUUACCAGUCGGAUAGUAAAUUUGUUGAACUGAAAAGUAUCAGUGAAAUAGAAGAGUAUAACUUAUUCAAAGGGAUUACCCAUCACCAGGUUCAGGAGUACGCUUCGAAUUUAUUAAAUGAAGAGGACCCUUUAAUAAGACCAGGCUUCAUGAAUUUUAUUUCCUCUAAUGUUAAACCAGAAAAUUUCUAUAUUGUCUCUGUGAACUGGUCUAAAGAAUUUAUAUAUAGUAUCCUACGAUAUGCUAAUAUUGAUCCAUCUCAUAUUUUUUGCGAUCAUCUACUUUCAUCUGGUAGUGAAUAUACAGGAAUUUUCUCCAAAGAGUUAAUGACUGGAUGUGAUAAAGCAAACAUAUUAGACACUAUAUUACUUAGUAGAUCAAACGAUCUUGACCUAUUAUCCAAGAAUACCAGAGUUUGGUAUAUCGGAGAUAGUGAAACGGAUAUCUUACCUUUAUUACAUCCUUCUGUAAAUGGUGCUAUAUUAAUUAAUCCUCUACAUGAAUUAAAAAAAUAUUUAACUAUUAGUAGGGACGUUCUUGGUGCUUCAGCUUCCGUUGUCGAAUCAUUUAUGAAUGUGGACAGAGAAUACAUUAAAGUUGUUGAUAAGAGCGCAACUACUAGUGUAUAUUUUGUCAAAUCAUGGGAUGCGUUCGAUAAGUUAUUGAAUGAACCUUACAUGAUGGAGGCGCCUAUGAACGAAGGUUAG